ACAGACGCGCGGUAGUCUGGUCACUGCCGCCCUGGGCAGCAGCAGUUCCGUGGGGAGCCCGGGAGCCCUGCCCCGGUUUCCCUGCCGACUGGGGUUUGCUCUCAGCAGCCCUUGCCCACCCCCACGGCUCUCAUCAAACAGGGCAGGUGCCACCUGUGUCUUGCUCACCUCGAGACAGUCUCCUCUGGCGCUGCUUGCCUCUUGUAUUUCUCCUCCGAAUCAUUCUCAACAGGAAACCCCUGGCCAGGUGGAUUUUCUCGUGGUGGGCUGUGGGGCCCUGGGGUUGCCGUGGCAGACGUGGCGGGUGUGAGUACUCCCAGAGUGCUAGGCGCUGCUGUGAGCACUUAAACAGCAUUUCAUAUGCUUACAGCAACACUUAGAGGUAAGUUAAUAGCUCCAGCUUACGAACUGGAAGCCCAAAGAAGUAAUUUCUUGAGUGUGGAACACCUGGCAAGAGGUGGAGUCAGGCCUCCAUUCGGGCAGUCGGCCCUUAGAACCAGCCUUCUCCACUGACCGAGCGCCUGGCCUGCUGAGAGUGCAAGAGACCUACUGAGUUCUCAUCCUAAAAGCAGCCUGUGGGUGCUGUGUGCUCUUAGGAGUCCUAAAUCUUAACCCAAACUCUUCUUCCAAGCUGGGAGACAUCAGAGGAGGACUGGUGCCUCUGUUUACAAAAAUACCUUCUCUAGCUGAGGCCUCCCAUCCACCCUAGCCAGUCCCCAGCUGACAGAUCACCAGACUGGAGGAUGUUCCCCCUUCUCUUGAGGUGGGGAGGGGCGGCUGGAUGGGAAGGAAGCCAAGGGACCCUGCUCACCGUCUUGUCUAUUCUCGAGGUUAUUCUACCUCUGCCCGGCUGAGCUGUGGGCAGGGCAGUGCGCUGUUCCUAGUAAGUGGAGUUUCACUGGAUUGUAGUGGAAGAAAAAGAAAUAUUUCUUCUCCUGUGAACCCUCCAUAUUCUUGGUCCCUGGUCUUUUCUAGGGCAGCAUGCUUCUGGCUAGCAGGACCCCACCGCAUGACCUCCUGAUCCCUCCCAGCCAGCAGAGGUGAGGUCUGGAGGGGAGCUAACCCCCAUGUACCUGGCCUUUGCUCACCCCUCCCUGAAACCCUUGGGGUUUAGGCGUUUAACUCAAGGCUGCCUCCUGAGGGUACUUCCCACCUUCCAGCCGGCAACCAGCCUGAACCUGAUAAAAGCUGAGGACCGUGUGCUGCAGAGAAGGGCGCCUGAGCCCAUCUGGCAUUUUUUCUGGCAUUUUUUUCUGCCGCUUCCGGGACGCCUGGCUGGCUCAGUUGGUAGAGCAUGCGACUCUUGAUCUCUGGGGCGUGAGUUCCGAGUCCCCGCAGAGAUUACUAAAAAAAAAAAAAAAAAAAAAAAAAAAAAAAAGUUGGUGGAUUUCCAAGGGGGUCACAGGCUCCAGGCUAGGAGCAUCAGAUUAGGUCCUUCAGGUUGUGACCCCGGUUUUGGGAGCGAUUCUGGGAGAUAACCGAUGCUCGUUGCUGAAUAGACGCCCCUGCCGGCCUUCAGUCCACUUCCCCAGCUGGGUUUUGGAGCGGACGAACGCGGGUGGGUCUCAGGGAUCCCGAGCGGGCAGCGCCCCCUGGUGCUCCCGGCAGGGACUGCGGCGCGGGGUGGAAGUAGAGGGCUAGGAACCGCAAGAGGCGCGUGCCGCAGGCGUCCAACUCCUACCCCGUGUCUGCCCUGCCAGAGUAGCUCCUGCGCGGCAAGGGGGGCGGACAGCUGGGACUCUGCCCCCCUCCUACGUCUCCUGGCCCGCGGAGGCUGGGGCGGGGAGGAGCCGGGCUGGGGGCGGCCUGGCAGGAAGCAGCGCGUACCUUCCGCUGCAGGAGGAGCAGGUGGCUGCAGUGCGGGCCAGGGCCCCCAGGCUUCCUGUGUGCGCGCCAGCCCGCCCGCAACUGUUUCUCGUCGGAGCUUCUUGGGCCACCCGGCGGCCCGGCCUGGCCCCAUGGCCCAGACCCCCGACGGCAUAUCGUGUGAGCUGAGAGGCGAGAUCACCAGGUUCCUGUGGCCCAAGGAGGCCGAGCUGCUGCUGAAAACCUGGCUACCAGAGCGGGAGGGUGCUGAGCAAGGUCAUGUCCUGGCAUUGCUACGCUGGAGAGCCUACCUGCUCCACACCUGCCUCCCCCUGAGGGUGGACUGCACAUUCAGCUACCUGGAGGUCCAGGCCAUGGCGCUGCAGGAGACACCCCCUCAGGUGACUUUUGAGCUAGAGUCCCUGCCUGAGCUGGUCCUGGAGCUUCCGGGUGUGGCCGCUCUGGAACAGCUGGCCCAGCACAUCGCCGCCGCCAUCAAGAAGGUCUUCCCUCGCUCCAGCCUUGGGAAGCUCUUCCGGAGGCCCACAUCCCCCUCCAUGCUGGCUCGGCUGGAGAGAAGGAGCCCCUCUGAAGACACGGCGGCCAGCAGCCCCUGUGGUGGCUUCUUGGAGACAUAUGAGGCUCUGUGUGACUACAAUGGCUUCCCUUUCCGAGAGGAGAUUCAGUGGGAUGUGGACACCAUCUACCAUCGCCAGGGCUGCCGCAACUUCAGCCUGUGUGACUUCAGCCAUCUGGGCAGUCGGGACCUGGCCUUGAGUGUGGCCGCCCUGUCCUACAACCUGUGGUUCCAGUGCCUCUCCUGUGUGGACAUGAAGCUGAGCCUUGAGGUCUCAGAGCAGAUUCUGCACAUGAUGAGUCAGUCAUCCCACCUGGAGGAGCUAGUGCUAGAGAACUGUGGCCUGAGGGGAGACUUUGUCCGGCGACUGGCCCAGGCACUGGCAGGGCACUCAAGCUCUGCCCUCCGGGAGCUUAGCCUCACGGGGAACCUGCUGGAUGACCGAGGCAUGAUUGCUCUCAGCAGACACCUAGAGCAUCGACCUGGAGCCCUUAGGAGACUCUGCCUAGCCCAGACCGGGUUAACUCCUCGAGGAAUGAGGUCUCUGGGCCGGGCACUGGCUUCCAAUGUGGCCUUUGACACUGCCCUGACCCACCUGGACCUUUCUGGGAACCCUGGGGCGCUGGGGGCCUCGGAGGACAAUGGGGGCCUCUAUAGUUUCCUGAGCCGUCCUAAUGUUCUGACGUUCCUGAAUCUUGCGGGCACGGACACCGCCCUGGACACUCUCUUCGCAGCACUGGCCCGCGGCUGCUGCACCAGCCUCAGCCACCUGGACGCCUCGAGAAACGUCUUCUCCCGCACGAAGUCCCGCGCUGCACCCGCCGCGCUGCAACUGUUUCUCAGCCGCGCGGGGACGCUUCGGCACCUGGGCCUGGCCGGCUGCAAGCUGCGGCCCGACGCGCUCAGGGCCCUUUUGGAAGGCCUCGCGCUCAACACGCACACGGGCGACCUGCACCUGGAUCUCAGCGCUUGUGAGCUGCGCUCCGCGGGCGCUCAGGUGAUACAAGACUUAGUGUGUGAUGCUGGCGCAGUGAGCUCCCUGGAUCUGGCGGAUAAUGGUUUCGGCUCAGACAUGGUGACUCUGGUGCUGGCCAUCGGGAGGAGUCGGUCCCUAAGACAUGUGGCACUUGGAAGGAACUUCAACGUCCGGUGCAAGGAGACCCUGGACGACGUCCUGCACCGGAUUGUCCAGCUCGUGCAGGAUGACGACUGUCCCCUGCAGUCUCUGUCCGUGGCUGAGUCACGGCUGAAGCUGGCUUCCAGCGUCCUGCUUCGGGCCCUGGGUACCAAUCCUAACCUGAUGGCGCUGGAUAUCAGCGGCAACGCCAUGGGGGACACUGGCGCCAAAAUGCUGGCCAAGGCACUUCGGGUCAACACAAGGCUCCGGUCGGUUGUCUGGGACCGAAACCACACGUCUGCUCUGGGCCUGAUGGACGUGGCAGAGGCCCUGGAGCAGAACCGCAGCCUAAAGGCCAUGCCUCUGCCUUUGAACGACGUGGCCCAGGCACAUCGCAGCCGCCCGGAGCUGACCUCACGUGCAGUGCAUCAGAUCCAAGCCUGUCUUUUGAGGAAUAACCGUGCGGACCAUGCCUCUUCUGACCGCACCUCACGUCCGCAGCCACCGGGUCUGGUCUCAGACCCCUCAGAGCAGGAAGUGAAUGAACUGUGUCAGUCAGUGCAGGAACAUGUGGAGCUACUGGGCUGUGGGGCUGGGCCUCAGGGCGAAGCUGCUGUGCACCAGGCGGAGGAUGCCAUCCAAAAUGCCAACUUCUCUCUCAGUAUUCUCCCAAUUCUGUAUGAGGCUGGGAGCUCCCCAAGUCAUCAGUGGCAGCUGCGGCAGAAGCUAGAAGGCCUCCUAGGACAAGUGGGUGAGGUCUGCCGCAAGGAUAUUCAGGACUUCACUCAGGCCACACUGGACACAACAAGGAGCCUCUGCCCACAGAUGCUGCAGGGACCCAAGUGGAGGGAGCAGCUAGAGGGGGUCCUGGUGGGUUCAAGGGGCCUCCCAGAGCUGCUCCCAGAACACCUGCUACAAGAUGCCUUCACUAGGCUCAGGGAUAUGCGGCUGUCAGUCACGGGGACCUUGGCAGAGAGCAUUGUGGCUCAGGCACUGGAGGGGCUGAAUGCAGCCCGGGAUCGGCUGGUGGAGAGUCUGGCUCAGCAGGCGACAGUGGCAAUGCCUCUUGCCAUACCAGCACUGGAUGGAGGUGAGCCCAGCCCCCUUGGGCCUGGGGAACUGGAAGGUCUUUUCUUCCCUGAGGAGGUGAAGGAAAAGGAGGAGGAUGAAGACAAACAGAAGGAUGACAAUCCCCCACAGAAAUGGCCUGAGUGCAGCCAAGGUCUUCCCCUGGUUCCCUCCACUCACAGUGCUGCUGAGGAACCGGAGCCCGAGCUGGCGGCUCCGGGGGAAGAUGCGGAGCCGCAGGCGGGGCCUUCUGCGCGUGGCUCUCCGAGCCCCGCCACUCCCGGACCCCAGGCCGGCCUACUGCCUCGCAUGGACCUGCCACCCGCUGGACAGCCCCUGCGCCAUCCGACCCGGGCCCGGCCGCGGCCACGGCGCCAGCACCACCACCGGCCACCACCGGGGGGCCCCCAGGUGCCCCCAGCCCUGCCGCAGGAAGGGAAUGGGCUCAGUGCCCGCGUGGACGAGGGCGUGGAGGAAUUCUUCUCCAAAAGGCUGAUCCAGCAGGAUCGCCUCUGGGUCCCUGAAGAAGACCCGGCCAACGAGGGGGGUGCCACCCCUGUUCCUCGUACACUGCGAAAGAAGCUGGGUACCCUCUUUGCCUUCAAGAAGCCUCGUUCAACACGGGGGCCACGGCCUGAUCUAGAGACCAGCCCUGGGGCAGCUCCGCGCACUCGGAAGGCUACACUCGGAGACCUGUUGCGGCCACCAGCCCGUCCCGGCCGUGGUGAGGAGUCUGGUGGGGCUGAGGGGGGCACCAGCAGCCCUGACCCUACCCGUAGGAGCCGGCCUCGCUACACUCGGGAAAGCAAAGCCUAUUCCAUGAUACUCUUACCUGCCGAGGAGGAGGAGGAGGAAACCCUGGGUACUAGACCUGACAAGCGACGGCCCCUGGAGCGGGGGGAGACAGAGCUGGCCCCAUCCUUUGAACAGCGGGUACAAGUGAUGCUCCAGAGGAUUGGCGUGAGCAGAGGCAGCGGGAGUGCCGAAGGCAAGAGGAAGCAAAGCAAGGACGGAGAGAUCAAGAAGGCUGGCUCGGAUGGUGAUAUUAUGGACAGCUCCGCCGAGGCCCCUCCCAUCUCGAUCAAGUCCCGCACCCACUCUGUGUCUGCUGACCCCUCGUGCAGACCUAGUCCAGGAGGUCAAGGGCUUGAGUCUACUAGCUGGAAGACACUGGGGCAGCAGCUGAAUGCAGAGCUUAGGGGCCGUGGCUGGGGCCAACAGGACGGUCCUGGGCCCCCCUCUCCUUGUCCCAGCCCGCGAAGAGCCAGCCCCUCCCCAGACAGCCUGGGUCUCCCGGAGGACCCUUGCUUGGGCCCCAGGAAUGAAGAUGGCCAGCUGAGGCCGAGGCCUCUCUCAGCAGGGCGACGAGCAAUGUCUGUGCAUGAGGACCAGCUCCAGGCCCCUGCUGAACGGCCCCUGCGGCUGCAGCGCUCCCCUGUCCUCAAGCGGAGACCAAAGCUUGAGGCACCUUCAUCUCCAAGCUUAGGAUGUGGCCUUGGAGCCCAACCUCUGCCCCCACAGUCUACAGAGCCCUCCAGCCCUGAGCCAAACCCACCCUCCCCAGCCACAGACCAAAGAGGCGGCGGCCCCAACCCCUGACCCUCUCCUUUUCCUGCCGCAUGAGAUUAUUUUAUUAAAAAACUCAAA